GUCCGGCACGUGACGCGGAGUAAGUUCCUGCUGAGGCUUGAGGGAAACAGAUCGACAUUCAGCCACGGGAGAAUCGCACUUUGCGGCCUGUGAAGCCCCCCUCCCUGAGCGAUGGCCUCACCAGUCUCCGUCUAUAACUCCAACGCCUUGGACACACGCAUCUCCAGUACGUCCAGAGAGUCUCUGAAGAUGGAGCUGCUGUCGGACGUGUCUCUGCUUCCAGGAGAGGAGAGGAUCAUAGAUAAAGACGUCAUGUACAUGUGUCCUUACAACGCAGCAGUAAAAGGAAAAGUGUUGAUCACCAACUUCAGACUCUACUUCAAGAGCUCGGACGCCGACGUUGCCGUCAUGUUGGACGUUCCUCUGGGCGCCAUCAGCCGGGUGGAGAAGAUGGGCGGGGCUUCAAGCAGAGGAGAGAACUCGUAUGGCCUGGAUAUCACCUGCAAGGACAUGAGGAACUUGAGGUUUGCGUUGAAGCAGGAAGGUCACAGCAGGAGAGACCUAUUUGACCUCCUCUUCAGACACGCCUUCCCCCUCUCACACGGCCUGCCUCUGUUUGCGUACGUGACUCAGGAGAAGUACGAGGAGAACGGCUGGAGCGUCUACAAACCCAUCGAGGAGUUCAGACGGCAGGGCUUACCCAACAAUAAGUGGCGUAUAACGUUCAUCAAUAAGAACUACGAGCUGUGUGACACCUAUCCCACCGUGCUCGCUGUUCCCUUUAAGAGUAAAGAAGAAGACCUGAGGAGAGUCGCCGCCUUCAGGUCCAGAGCACGCAUACCGGUUCUGUCGUGGAUCCACAGGGAGAACCAGGCGGUGAUCGUGCGCUGCAGUCAGCCUCUGGUCGGGAUGUCGGGUAAAAGGAACAAAGACGAUGAGCGUUACCUCGACCUGAUCAGAGAGGCCAAUGACACCACCAAGCUCACCAUCUACGACGCCCGGCCCAACGUCAACGCCGUGGCCAAUAAAGCGACCGGAGGAGGCUACGAGGGCGACGAGUAUCAGAAUGCAGAGCUGAUCUUCCUGGACAUCCAGAACAUCCACGUGAUGAGAGAGUCCCUGAAGAAACUCAAAGAUAUCGUCUACCCCAACGUGGAGGAGUCCCACUGGCUGUCCAGUUUAGAGUCCACACACUGGCUCGAACACAUCAAGCUGGUCCUGUCAGGAGCCAUCCAGGUGGCCGAUAAGGUGUCAAGUGGAAACUCGGUGGUGGUUCACUGCAGCGACGGCUGGGACAGGACGGCUCAGCUCACCUCUCUGAGCAUGCUCAUGUUGGACAGUCACUACCGCACGCUGCGAGGGUUUCAGGUUCUGAUUGAGAAAGAGUGGAUCAGCUUUGGACACAAGUUCGCAUCAAGGAUAGGACACGGAGAUAAGAACCAUGCUGAUCAGGACAGAUCUCCCAUCUUUGUUCAGUUCAUCGACUGUGUGUGGCAGAUGACCAAACAGUUUCCCACAGCCUUUGAGUUCAAUGAGCGCCUCCUGCUGACCAUCCUGGAUCACCUGUACAGCUGUCGCUUUGGGACGUUUCUCUACAACUGUGAGAGCGCACGAGACCAGCACGAGCUGCGGUUGAAGACUGUGUCUCUCUGGUCUCUGGUCAACAGUAAGAUGGAGAAUUAUUUAAACCCAUUCUACACCCCUGAGUCCGGCAGAGUCCUGUACCCGGUGGCCAGCAUGCGCCACCUAGAGCUGUGGGUGACUUAUUACAUCCGCUGGAACCCCCGUAUGCGACAGCAGCAGCAGAGUCCCGUGGAGCAGCGCUACAAGGAGCUGUUGGCACUCAGAGACGAGUACUUGAAGAAGCUGGAGGAGUUGCAGCUCUCUGACUCGUCCCCCUCUCCACGCCAUGCCAACAGCCCCGGCCCCAACACCUCCCCCUCUCCUUCCUCCCCUCCUUCACAGCAGUACACACACCUACACACUCCCCUCUGAGGGCUGCUCACACACA